GCAGAAGCAGCACCAGCAGUAGUAGCAGCAGCACCUCGGCCCCCUCAUAGUUACGCCUGGACUUGCUCUCUCCCUCUCUCCCCCUCUGGUGCCGCCCCGCCCUAGUGAGCUAUUAAUUAAGACUUACCUGAGCUGACUUACCUGACCGCGAGUGCCUUAGAGGAACCGACAGACUCCCCGACCCGUUUACCGUUAAGUGAUUGGAUACUCUUUGUCUUGCGUCGUCGUCGCCGUCUUCAGCGUCACCACCGCAGCCAUGAGGGAAUACUACUCAAUGAUGUCUCGUCUCAACGGCGUCAACAUCCACAACGGGUGCGGGGAGCUGAACGGUUCUGGGGGCGGCUCGGGCUGCUGGACCAUCGGGCUCAUCAACGCCAAGGCCAAGUACCUUACUGCGGAGACCUUCGGCUUCAAGAUCAACGCUAAUGGUUUGUCCCUCAAGAAGAAGCAGAUGUGGAUGCUGGAGCCUGCAGAGAAGGACCUGAUCGCCUUCAAAUCGCACCUGGACAAAUACCUCUCCGUCGACCAGUAUGGCAACGUGACCUGUGAGAGCGAGGAUCGGGAUAUGAAUUGCAUGUUUGAGGUCUCCGUUACCGACGACGAACACGGACGUUGGGCGCUGAGAAACGUGACCCGCGGCUACUUCCUGGGCGCCGCCGGGGACAAGCUCAUCUGCUCCGCCAAGGUGCCCACCGACGCCGAGCUUUGGACCAUCCACCUGGCUGCCCGUCCUCAGGUCAACCUCCGCUCGCUGGGCCGCAAACGCUACGCACACCUCAACUUGGAGGGCACCGAGAUCGAGGUUGAUGCGAACGUGCCUUGGGGCGAGGACACGCUCUUCACGCUGGAGUUCCGCGACAGCAAGUACGCGAUCCACACCACCAACAACCGCUACCUCUGCAUGGACGGGAAGCUGGUGCCGGAGUGCGGGCGCGAGUGUCUCUUCUGCCUCGAGUACCACCACGGCUCGCUUGCUCUCAGGGACUACCAGGGCCAGUACCUGAGCCCCAUCGGGUCCCGCGCGGUGCUCAAGACCCGCUCCAACACGGUGACCAAGGACGAGCUCUUCGCCCUCGAGGACUCCCUGCCGCAGGCCUCCUUCAGUGCCCUCCUCAACGCCCGAUACGUCUCCGUCAAGCAGGGUGUGGACGUUACUGCCAACCAGGAGGAGAUUUCCCAGCACGAGAAGUUCCAGCUGGAGUAUGACGGGUCGACCAAGCGCUGGUAUGUGCGGACCAUGCAGGACAAGUACUGGACGCUGGAGGCUGGCGGCGGCAUCCAGGCCAACACCACCAAGCCGACCUCCAACGCCCUGUUCAACUUCCAGUGGCUGGCCGACGGCUCCGUGGCUUUCCAGGCAAACAAUGGCAAGUACGUGGCCACCAAGAAGUCUGGCCACCUGUUUGCCAACGCCGAAAGUCCUGAUGAGGAGAGUGCUCGCUUCCACUUCUACCUUAUCAACAGGCCGGUGCUGGUGCUGAAGUGUGAGCAGGGCUUCGUGGGCUACAAGAUAUCUUCCAGCCUCAAGAUGGAGUGCAACAAGGCCAACUACGAGACCAUCAGGGUGGAGCGAGGCGAGCAGGGACAGGUCUUCUUCAGAGGCCAGCAGGGUGGUUACUGGCAUGCCUGUGGGGAUGGCAUCAUGGCUGACUCCGAGGUGCCGGAAGGCUUCUUCAUUGAGCUGCGUGAAGCCACCCGUAUGUGCAUCAAGAACUCCUCUGGCCAGUACAUCAUCACAGAGAAGAACGGCGGCUUCAAGCUGGGAGACACAGAUCCCGCCCGUGCCACGCUAUGGGAGUUUUGAGGUGGCAGGCCAUUGUGGAGUCAAGCAAGGGGUGAGAGGUCCUCCAGCCUGGCCUAGAGUGUUGAGAAGGCAGGGGUAGUUUGGCAUCACACCGAAAGAUCUUGUAUGGUAAGGUUGUAGAUGUUUGAGAGAUUGAUUCAUUGCAGAAUUUAAUUUGAGGCAGAUUUGCAACAUCCCAUCCAACCACUUAAAUUUAGUGAGGUCCUGAAGGAUGUCGAUACCGCUCAGUAGGUGUAAUUAGGAUGUAAGAUGUUUUGUGAUGUUCUUUUCAUCAAUGUUGCUAUCUGUUAAUCUGCCUAAUCCUUUCAUCGAAGAAGAGAUUUUUUUUUUACUUUUAUACCAACGAGCUGAGUUAGAAUUUUGCAACUUGAAAGUAAGUUUAAUCAUCGACAAAGACACUCGGUUACUAGGUAAUGCUAUAAUCUUAAGGAACUGUAUGUGUUACAGACUCCAACAGUAAAACAAUCUCACAAGGGAGUCUGUUGGUGCUUGGGGCUCCCGGCCCGGCAGUACUCAGACUCUCUUGUGGGGGCUGGUGGAGAGGCACUGGAGGUCCGCACAACCAAAGUAUCUACGUCUUUGUAUCUGUCCCUGUACAAUUAACUUGAAGCCUUGCUGUUUGUAGAUAUCAUUAUUACUAAUAUUGCUUCCACAUGUCCCUAAGCUAAGUCAAAUAAUCUUGUACUUAAUUAUACUUUUUUACUCUUUCUACCUGUGACAGAUGACUGAUUGAUUUGUGGGAGUACAGGACGGAGUUGUCCUAUUGAUACAUUUACUACUGAUAUAUUAUAUUACAUAUUAGCAAGAUUUUUUAUGAUUUUAUAAGGAGCAUUUUGUGAUAGUCCAGUCCCUGCGUCAUGCACCACCACCUAGCUCGUGUAGCCAAUUAGGCAUCAAAGCUUGCUUGUCUGAGGCUGCUGCGGCCACUGUGACACACGUAGUGAAACAGAUCAGUGUUUCCAGAGUGAGGCUGACAUUCACUUGUUUUCAUAAUUGAAAAUGUCAGUUCAUAGUAUGUCAAAUUUUAUGACAUUUGUUUACUUGGUACUAAGAAACAUCUGGUAGACAGAAUGGUCUGUCAUAUCUAGUUAAAGGCAAAACUACAGCAAAUCAUGAAAGUCUGGAUAUUUCUUUGAUAUCUUUGAGCAUUUUACAACACAACAAACAAGUUUCAACGGAAUAAGUUACAGCAGUGUGUUUGUGUGUGUGUGUGUGUGUGUGAGAGUGUGAGUGUGAGUGUGAGUGUGUUUAUAUCUGCUUCUGUGUCAUCCACUGCCAAGUGCUUGCUCAAGGAUCUUUGCAUUAGCCAGACUAACUUGGAUCAUGAUAGCACCAGCUAAAGUGUGCUUAGUGAUGUGUAUUGAUCUGUUAACCCAAAUCAGUCCAAUGAAUCAACAAUGGUAGCAGCAGCCUCCACGCUCUUGGUGUCACAGCCACAGCUCCCACACUGUGGCCACCAGCCAAUGCAUUUAUGGAAGGGGAAGCUCGACCCAGGACUGUAUAAAGGGGGUCACAUAAAGCAGGAAGUCAGCUGUGUCCCUGUGCCCGCCAGCCUUUCCCUAACCAAUACUAGCUCUUGGUGUUUACUGUUCACCUCAUUUAGAUGUUUGUGUGCUACUCACCAUCUCAUUUCAGCAGGUGUGUCCCUUUUUAACGUGUGUUUAAGGUGUGUAGGAAUAACCCCUCAGUGUCAUCGGGUGUGGGGUGGGGCGGGGCGGGGCACUGCUGGCUCCCCCGCACAAUCCUGCCGGGUGUAGUCUGUUGAUUGUAAGAAGCGCUUUAGGCUAGGUAUACACUCUUUAUUUAUUGCAUUAUUGUAUAGCAGACCAGUAUAAACUGCUUAUUAAUAAAGUAAAGCAGACA